AUGGACAGGCAUCACGGCGACCGCAUCUCCUCCUCCCCCCCGAGCCCCGUCGCCCUCACCCUCCGCCGCCGCGAGCGGGACGAGCGCCGCCGGCAGGCAGAGCACUACGCCCAGGGCCGGCCCCGUCCCUCGCGCACCCUCUGCGGCAACGGCGAGUGUCUGCUGCGCUGCUGCAACGUCUUCGCCACCGCGAGCCCGCGCUUCCUGCCCGUGUUUCUGCUGGGCGACAACGAGCGCAGCGUGGACGGCGUUCCCGUAAGAGACAUACUCACGGACUUUGCGUAUCUGGCGAGCACGCGCAUGUGGCCCUCCCCCUGCUGCUCCUCCUCCUCCCCCUCCUCCGACUCCUCUUCUUUGGAAAAGGAGGAGGAGAAGAAGAAGAAGAAGCAGAAGCAGAAGCAGAGCAAGGCGCUGCUGCUCAGGGCGCAGUCUAUCGAGGCGUUUGCCGCGUCGCCGCCGGCCAGGGCGGCGUAUCUCGACUUCAGGGGCCUCUGCGAGAAGAACAACCUGCGCUUCGCCGCGGAAUCGCGCUUCCGGGACGUGCUCUCCGCUACGAUGGCUCCCUUUUGCGACGUCCUCGCUGCGCUGGACGCAGCAGCAGAAAAGUCCGACGCGGCGCGCAUUGAGCCGCUCGUCCACCGCACGCUGCAAGGCUGCUUCCCUCCUCAACAACAGCGGCCCGACGACCCUCAGAUGCAGCAGCACCCAGGGGACAUGGGAAAGCCAGUCGCGUGGACGCACGAGGCCUGCAUCAUGCGCUUCCUGCUGACGGCCGAGCUGUGGCGGCGACACGACGGGCGACACAUGCGCCGGCGCGGGUGGGCGGCGUGGGGAGAGGGAGAGGAGCGCUGGAGAGUGGCGGAGAUGCUGUCGGCGGUGCUGCUGCAGUACUGGCUGAUGGACCGGGAGAGGUGCUUCGAGAGGGUGUCGUGUCGGGGAGGGGAGCAGUGCGAUGAGGUCUGGCAGGAUUGGGUGGACAAGUAUCCGCUGCUGGGAGAUGAUGACGAUGAUGAUGAUGAUGAUGAUGAGGGGGGGGAAGAGGAGGAGGAAGAAGAAGAACGGGAUGAGGCAGUCAAGAGCCCUGAGCUGGUGCCCAAGCCGCUCGGGCUCAUCAAGGGGCUGGACCUGGACAAGGACGUGGGAUACGUGGGCGGCGUUGGGACGGCGCAUAGGGGCCCGCUAUGGAUCGAGAGGCGGCAGAGGCAUGGCGUUGAGGGACUGCCGCAGCAUUGAACCU